UUUGUUGAUCCGUCUCUGUCUCCCUUUGUGUCUCAGUUCUGUCGCAUUCCCUAGAGCCUGUUGUCACCUGCCCUUUCUGCCUUUUCACUCGGCCCUUGUCAACUUUGUUUUCCUCUCUACCUUGUCUCUCUCGAGCCUAUCUCCGUAUAUCUGGACCCUGUCUCUGCCUAUGUCACCUCCUUGCGUCUCUACCUGUGGAACCUGUCUUCUGCCUCGCAGCCCUUUCAUCUUGGCCUGCGUUAAAAUCGUCUCUUUGACCUUCUGUUUGUCACUCUCCUGACGCACUAAACAAGAUUUGUGAUGAAAUGGAGCCUGGGACAAACUCUUUUCGAGUAGAAUUUCCUGAUUUUUCUAGUACCAUUCUGCAGAAACUGAACCAGCAGCGCCAACAGGGGCAGUUAUGUGAUGUCUCCAUUGUUGUUCAAGGCCACAUUUUCCGGGCCCAUAAAGCUGUUCUUGCCGCUAGUUCACCCUACUUUUGUGACCAGGUGCUGCUGAAAAACAGCCGGAGAAUUGUUUUGCCUGAUGUGAUGAACCCAAGAGUGUUUGAGAACAUUCUCCUGUCUAGCUACACUGGCCGUCUCGUCAUGCCUGCUCCAGAAAUUGUUAGUUACUUAACAGCAGCAAGCUUCCUCCAGAUGUGGCAUGUAGUAGACAAGUGUACUGAGGUUUUGGAGGGAAACCCUACAGUCCUCUGUCAGAAGCUCAACCAUGGCAGUGACCACCAGUCUCCAAGCAGCAGUAGUUAUAAUGGUCUGGUGGAGAGCUUUGAGCUGGGCUCCGGGGCCAAUACUGAUUUCCCCAAAGCCCAGGAAUUGCGAGAUGGAGAAAACGAAGAGGAAAACACCAAAGAUGAGCUGUCUUCUCAGCUUACCGAGCACGAAUACCUUCCCAGCAACUCGUCCACAGAGCAUGACCGGCUGAGCACGGAGAUGGCAAGCCAGGACGGGGACGAGGGGGCCAGUGACAGCGCCGAGUUUCACUACGCCCGACCCAUGUACAGCAAGCCCAGCAUCAUGGCCCAUAAACGCUGGAUCCACGUGAAGCCUGAGCGCUUGGAACCGCCCUGUGAGGGCAUGGACGUGCACGCCACUUAUGACGAGCACCAGGUCACGGAGUCCGUCAACACCAUGCAGACAGAGCAUGCAAUCCAGCCUUCAGGCGUGGAGGAGGACUUUCACAUCGAGGAAAAAAAGGUGGAAGCAGAGUUUGAGGACCAGGCUGAGGAAGGCAACUACGAUGAGCAGGUGGAUUUCUAUGGCUCUUCCAUGGAGGAGUUUUCUGGAGAGAGGUCGGAUGGGAAUGUAAUUGGGCACAGACAGGAGGCUUCCCUAGCACCAGGCUACAGUGAGAAUAUUGAAAUGGUAGCUGGAAUUAAAGAAGAAGCUUCCCACUUAGGAUUCUCAGCCACUGACAAGCUGUACCCUUGUCAGUGUGGGAAAAGUUUUACUCACAAGAGUCAGAGAGAUCGACACAUGAGUAUGCACCUCGGUCUUCGGCCUUAUGGCUGUGGUGUCUGUGGUAAGAAGUUCAAAAUGAAGCAUCAUCUUGUGGGGCACAUGAAAAUUCACACAGGCAUAAAGCCGUAUGAGUGUAAUAUCUGUGCAAAGAGAUUCAUGUGGAGGGACAGUUUCCACAGGCAUGUGACUUCUUGUACCAAGUCCUAUGAAGCUGCAAAGGCUGAGCAGAAUACGACUGAGGCUAACUAAAAAUAUAAUCUGGCCCUUGAGUGGCGUGCACAAAAAUAAACUAUGGUAAUUAUUAUGCAAAUCUGGGCACAGAUGAUGUGUGCUACUUGCUAUUAUGAGAGAAGCUUAAAAAAAGGAAGAUAUUUCUGAAAGACCAGCUUUAAGCAGGCCAAUUUAAAAAAUCUAAUUCCUCAAAUUUUAUAUGUUCUAGUCCUGGCCUAGAGGAGGUCAUGGGGGGCAAGUCAGCCCACUCCCCAACUGGCAGCCUCAUGCCAGCGAGGAUCCAGGCAAGUGGACUUUGUGCUAUAGACACUUGCGCUGGGAACUGGACUCCAGGUCCAUUUCCCACCAGUUUCAGGGGGCUGCAGUGUUUGAUCACUCGUGAUUACAAGGUCGUUAAAAUUUUAUUUUGCUCUUAUAAUAGAUAUUAAGUAAUGUGGGUUGGUUUGGGUAGCUUCUUCACUGAUUGAAAUGCUACUUUUGUAAAAGCUACAAAUAAUGUGAUUCCUAGAAUAAGAAAGUGAUUAACAGAGCUCUCUUGUCUGUUUUAUUCUUUCUAAAGAGUAUUUUAACUAAAACUAUGGUGAUGCUAAGAGGGUGACAUUCUAAGUAUGAAUCAAUUUGCGGUACAAGCUUCUAUUUCUGUAAGGUGCCACUGUCAAAACGUGUUUCAGACUCUUGAGAAAGCAAAUAAUUUUUGUAUUUUAGUACUAACAUUUGGUUUGGACACCUGUAUCUAGUAAUUCUCUAGGGUGCUCAAGGUUUGCUGUCCCAAAUCUUGUUCAUUUAAUUUCAUGUCCAAAAUCGUGCAGUCUACACCACGGCUAGUAGACAUCUAGUCUGGCUGACUGACUACAGUCCCACUGCCCGCUCCAGCCACGGCCCUGUCGGAGACUGUGGUGCUUCCCAAAGAGGGCAGUCAGUGACACCAGUCGGUCGGAAGGAGCUGGAAGUCAGGGCUAGGGCUUAGCUAUGAACAUCAGGACUCAUGAAGUGCGGCAGUGAUGCUACCAACUGUCAAAAUAAGACUUGCAGCGUAGCAGAAUUUUAUGGGUGGCAGGUUAUAAUUGAGGUGGGGGGAGGGAAUUAAGUUUUGGAACUACACCGGUGGGGGGAUGCUCUUUUCGAGGGCGUGGUACACUGAGCUAAUACUUCCCAUUCUUUUGGAUGCUGAGAUGUUUGAAAGAGAAGGAAGAAAGUCUUAAUUUUAGCAAAGUAGUCUACAAAUUCAUGCUCACAAAUUACACAUAAAGCUGCAUAAAUUUACAAGUCCACAUAGCUGUCACUACCCAAAAAAGCCAACAAGAAAAGCAGCUACUUGGAGAUCUUUUCUGCCAGUCAGUCAGCUGGUGUAGGUUAAAAAGAAAAUAUAGUUGGAAUACUUUUAAGCUGUGUAAUAUACCUGAAACUAUUACCAGGGUAGGACUGGGUGCUACUGUUAUAUAAACUUUUCCCUCAACAUACUGGUCUGUUCUAAAUUCUAAAUAGAAACUUUUUUUUUUAAUAAACAAGUUUUCUUGGAUUUGGGGUGAGAUUUUGUUUUGAAAGUUUGGCUUUGCUCUAAUGGGAGAGACAUUGCUGGCAGUGGCCUCUGAUCCUCAAGCUACUAACGCCAAUGUGUUUACUUGUUGAACUUUGUCUGGAGAGGGCAGAGAGAGUACUUAUUUACCAGUUAAUUCUUGUCAUCGAGAUUACAAAACAGGGAUCUAUUCACUAACACUGUAUCAUUCUUGAUAUAUAAAAAAAGCACUUUGUAUUUAAAACUUUAUUAUAAAUAUACACAUUAUAUAUAUAUAUAUAUAUAUAUUGUUUUUUAACCUAGAAACUAGAUAUUACCUCUUGGUUGUUUGCCAUGUUAAUAACAUCUUAGUGUUGAAACCUCACCAGUUAGCAGUCCUUUCUACGUGUACUAGAUGGAAGUGUAUAGAGGGGCUGUCCUGUCAAACUCAAUUGCUCCUUCUCUCAUAUGAGAGGCCAGUAGCUUUUAGCCCAGAGCUUAGCUAUCGUGUGCGAGGAGAAACUUGAGUUUCUCUCACAGGCUCAUACUAAGGCAGUGAAGCCUUUUGUUCAGCCCAAAGUUGAGCACACUGUUUCCAUGGUAUUAACAAAACAUUUUCUCCCCGUUUGGAAGUUUUGAUGUGUUAUUUCCUCUAAAGAUUAUAUUCAAGAACAUUGGGACACAUGGGGAGAAGAAUCAGAGAAGAAAAAAAAAAUUUAAUUCUGUAAAACUCACAGUCCUUCAGGACUUUGAAGUCAGCCCAGUACCUUGCCAAGAUAAAGAGCUUUUGUUCAGCCUGAAAUUAGGGUGCAUCCUUGGCCGCUACUUUUGGAAGCCACUUAAUGUUUUGUGAAGAGAUGAGUAUCAUUUACUGAAAUCCUUACAUGUACGUCAGCUACUAAACGGAAAGCUCAAUGUGUUGUUCCUCACAUCUACUGUUUUAAGGUCUUUGUAGGGGUUUGGGUAAACAUUGGGCAGGCUAAUUGAAUCAACCAGCCCCUGUGAGAUACAGUUGGGCAUCUGAAAUGCUGGUCAUGUGCAAAGAGUAGGGGGAGCGGGUUGCCUUAGUUCGAUUAUUGAAAGUGAAUGUUUAUAAAACUGUGUUUUUGGAUUAGGAGAUAUACUGCAUUACUAUCUUUUUUUUUUUUGGCCUCUCAUCCUGGGUUGGAGGGAAUCUCUUUCCUUAGCCUCAAUUCAGCUUUAGAAAAUCUUUAUCCUUCCAAAUCAGUUUGGAUAGUUGUGGGUAACAUUUUCCAAACGGUCUUUAUCAGGGAUUAUUUCACUGGCCUCCAACCAAGGCAUUACCCCUUUCUUUGAAUCUUAACUGUGGUUUUUCUCCAAUUCCAGAGAGAAAGGGCUUCAAAGCACCACCAGAGGUAUUUAGUAUUCGGACUUAAAUCAUACCUUUAAUUUUAGACACCCACAUUCUAAUAGUCCACUUGGUAAAGUGGGUAUCCCUCUAAUUCAGUAAAGACUGGGUUAGCCUUCCCCUCAAGUGUUGUGUGUGGUUACCCUUAGGCACUCCUGGGUCUCAGCCUAUUGAGUCUCCUAGAGUCACCUGCCUGCAGUCGCUUCUUUUGGACAUGGCUUUAAAGGAGUCUGCCCAAUAAGUGUCCCCUCUGUUCUGGUGGGCAUAUGCUGAACUCAAGUGACCCCGUGCUAACUCCUAGAUAGUGGGCAGAGCUGUCUCACUUCUGUGGUCCCUUCCUAUGGAGGCAAGCACAUCCCAGCUUGCUGAAGAGGCAAAGCUGCUCUGGAAGAGAAACAGCAUUAGCAGUCCUUGUCCUGCACAGACUAGAUGUGCCCGAGCCUUCUGGGCGAGAGUGAGAGUGGAGAGGGCUCUCUCAUACCUGGUCCAGGUGUUUGCUUGUAAAAGGACUUCCAGAAAGCAAGCAGCAGACACCACCCCACCUCCCUUCAAGCUGUGCCACUCAUUUUGUGAUCUUUGUUAGGUGACUUACUUUGUUCAGUGAAACCAGGGUUGUUGGGUUUGGGUUUGGGUUUUUUCCCUUCUCUACUUACAUAUUUAAAGGUACACCUUUCUUAUUUCAGAUUUCUACUGACAGUGCCCUGUGGGAAGAUGCUGGAACACAUUUGACAAAAUGUGACUUUAAAAGUUUUAAGUUGUGCUUGAAGCCCGU